AUGCGCGCUCACGCGACGCCGCCUCGCGCGCGCGCGUCGCCGUCGCCGUCGCCGCGCGCGUCGCGGACGAUCGCGCGAUGGACCGACGCGUCGCCGCGAUCCGUCUCGCGCGGAGCGACGACGGUCGACGACGACGACGACGUCGCGCGGAUGAAAAGACGCGCACGCCGUGGUCCUCCUCGUCCAGCGCCCGCGCUCGCGCUCGCGCGCCGCCUCCGCGCGUCGAGGCCGAGGCCGACGCCCCCGCGCUCGGUCUCCAUCGCGUCCCCCGCGCCGACGCCGGGGAUCGAACCGCCGCCGACGACCUCGGACGGCGCGGUGAUCCUGCGCCGCGGCGCGAAGACCGCGGAGCUCCCGAACGGGAUGACAGUCCACUACGUCUCGCCUCCGGACGUGCAAUUCUUGUACGACGAGAUCUUCGCGGAGUCGUGUUACCUGAAGCACGGCGUGACGCUGCGGUCCACGGACGCGGUCAUCGACGUCGGGGGGAACAUCGGGAUGUUCGCCAUGUUCGCCGCGCGGAAAUGCACGCGCGGGAAAGUGAUCACUCUCGAGCCGAUCCCUCCGACGUACGCGGCGCUGUCGAAGAACUUGCGAACGAACCUGUGCGCGCCGGGCGCGGACGCCGCGUGCCAGGAGACCAUCGACUCGGAGCUGAGCUGCGACUUGUCCCCGGAGCUCCUCGGCGGGUUGAACGACGAGGACUUCGGGUACGUGUUCGGGAGGCAGCUCCGCGGGAAAGAAGACGGCGCGGAGCUGCGAUCGGCGGACCCGGACGUCGACUUCUCGUACGAAGAGCUCGCGGACGAGGCGCGUUCUGAUUCACAAUGGUUCCCAUACGACCGCGUUCGCGUGGUGAACGCCGAUCCUUAA